CAUUUUGUUUUGAAACGUCAUUAUGUUGGUUUCUUUGGGUGAUGAUAAUACGUUUUAAUAAAUAUAUUUGUUAAAAUCGAUUGAAGAAGCCUUGAAAGUGUGUUAGAUAUAAUUCAAUUACUUGCCCUAUAAUAGAAUAAACUUUCUGUUUGGAUUUGGGUGAUUUUGUGAUAAUGGAUAGUCCUGCUAAAUCAAAAUCGAAAAGUCGUAGUCGGUCUUUGAGUAGCGGCAGUAAAAAGAGUAGAUCGAGAAGUCCCAGUUCCUCUUCAUUAAGUCGGUCUCGAUCGCGAAGUCGCAGCAGCGAUAUCGAUGGAUAUCGUUUACAUAUUGCUGAUAUUGGCGACGAUGUCAGAAAAAGCGACCUGGAAAAGGUUUUUGCGCCCUUCGGCGAACUGCAAGAGGUAUGGAUGACAAACAGCACCCCGUGUUUCGGUUUUGCCGUCUUCAAAAGCAAGAAAGACGCUGCCGCGGCUUUGAAGGCUACUGAUGGAGCGGAGGUGGCUGGAUGUCGCAUUAGAGUGAGUUAUGCAAGACCGAGGACCAGGGGUAAAGGAAGACGUUAUUUUUCCAAUAACAUGAGGUGUUAUCAGUGCGGAUAUUCUGGACAUUUCUACAGAGACUGCCCUGAAAUUACUGGAGGGAGUGACCGUAAAGAUCGGCACAUGGUAUUAGUUUGUAUGGUUUGGUUAUUCAUAGUAUGGGUUAAAAAACGUUUGGUUGAUAUGGUAUCAGUCAGUGCAGUGAACUUUGGUAUCACGUGAAUGGGUUGGUCUGUCGAACCGCGCGGUCAGAUGGAAUGUCAAUUGAUAUGGUUGCUCUAUCGCUCUCUCUGUCUCUAUCUCACGAAAACUGACGAUCACCAUGACGACGCGACGCCACGAUGAUGCCGCUAAAAUGGUCUGGGUGGUCUCUGUUGUAUGGUUAAAUUGGUAUGCUUUUUAGUUACGGAAGGGACAGGAGAGGCUACAGGGAUCGCGACAGGGAUUACGGCGGCGGUCGCCGCUCAUCGUACAGAUCGUCGAGGAGGUACAGCGACGAUUACGGAGGCGGUAGCAAGAGGAGAAGGUCGGAUAGGAGACAACGUUACUAGGUACCGUAUAUUCCUGUAGGAUUGUCCUAAACCAGAUAUCUACUGGCUUUUAUAAAGAAUCAUUUAUAUUAUAAUAAUUUAUAGUUAAAGCGAUUACUUACGGAUGGUUUUUUCAUAACAGGAGAGUUUACCAAUCACAACCGUCGUCACAGAAUUACCUAACUCACGUCCGUGGAUAAUAUAGGGCGGGGUUGUUGUAUUUUAAACAUUUUGUUUAAAAAUUAACUAUUUAAUAAAAAAAAACGGUGUGUGUACUAUGUGCGCAUAUUUGAAGUGAAACUUCUUACUGACUUAUCAAAUUGGAGGAUUUGAAGGACAUGUUGAAAAUGACAUAAUAUAAUGCUGUUUUAAUAUAAAUAUUAUUUAAAAUUUACUUCUGUAAUCUGUACAUUUUCUGUUUCCUCACUAGCCUGCAAAUUUUGUGGAAUACCACCCAAAAUACACACUUUUACGCAAAUGCCUAAUAAUGUUAACGUUUAAAUUUAUUUAAGAAGAGAAAAAAUUUUGAACCUAACCAAUAGUUCGGAUUUAUAGUGGUUUACAGUAAUUUUUUUAAAUUCUACGAAUAUUUUUGUUGACCAUUGGUUUGAAAUAAAUAUGACAACGUCCUCCAAUGAAAAUGCGAGUUGCUUAACUCUAAAUAAUUUUAAUUCUGCGCUAGCAAAUGAGCUAGAUGCUUUACCUAGACCGUUAUUCAGAAUCUACAAACCUAUCGAUGAAAAUAUGCAUGAAAAUUUACUUCCUAGCACACCACCAGAGGAUACUGGACACAGUAUAGUAUCAAGCUUAUUAUAAUGACUUUCUUAGCUUUAAAUCAAAUGUUUUUCGGUGUUUGCGUGAUCGUGCGAUUCUUAACACUUUUCAUCUCGCUAGAUCGUGUCUCACGGCCGGCGGCUUUGAAUUUAUACUCCCAGCGAGGUAUACUCUCCUGAUAUGCUAUAACUUUCCGAAGUAAAUACUUUAGUUGUAAUAUAAUACUAUAGUCAAAAGAAUUUCCGAGGCACGUUAUAGUUUUCUACUGAUAUAAAACCAACGAUUAUUGCAGUGCAAAUCACGACAAUUAUACCGGGUGAGAUUAUGAGAAUACUAUGACAAUAAAUCUCAUUUUUUGAAGGACUGUCAGUUUUGAGCUGUUUAAUGUCGUGCAUAGGAAAUUGUUUUAUUUGUACUAGUAGAACACCUUAGUAGUAGACGGUUAACAUCGUUCUUUUGAUCAAAAUUUGUCUAAUUUUUGUAACUAUUAAAAAAAUUGACUAAAAAAAGGUAGGUACAAUGUUGUAGUGUACUAUUUUUUGAAUUUGAUUUUUUUAAACUAACUUUGGGAAUGAAAAAAAAAGAAAUAUGUUUACUGUAUAGUUUAUAGUACUUUUCCACAUAUUGUAAAAACUGAUUUUUGACUUUGAUUUAAUUUAUAAAUCUAUUCCUUUGUGUUAUUUUUGAAAAAGUGACUUGCAAUUAGUCAAUUUAUGUAAAUUGAAUUUUUAUUAUAUUCGCCUUAUUAUUUUUUUUUUGAACUUAAAAUUGUGUGUUUAUGUCUUACAAAUGUUGUUCAAUCUUUUGUAGAAAUUAGAACUUUGAUACUCUGGAUAAAAGAAAUUCCUAUUUACGGUAAUUGCGCAUUGAAAAACAUAUGAAUUCAUGAUAUAGUUUGGUAGAAAAAGUGUUCGUUAAAAAAAUCCGUUAAUUUAAUAUUUUCUCAAAUUUUCUUUGUAACCAUGUGCAUGCAACAUUCUUUGAUUAUAGAUAAAAAAACUGUAUUAACCAUUGAAAAUAUUGUUUUUUAAUUAUAACAUACCUUUUUUAGUCGAUUCCUAUUUAUUGAAAUACUAUGGGUUUAAUAGAAAUAUAAUACUUUUUAUAAAUCUGAUUAUUACAAUUUUAAAAUUAUUUUUCGGAAGACAGUUUUAGAUCUCAUUUAAUUGACUUUUUUAAUUACCUCUUAUAAAAAUUUGAUUUUUAUUCUUCUCUAAUGAUGUGCAAUGUUUUUGGUUUCCUUCCAUUUAAAAAACAGAUGUUUUUUAUGAAAGCCUCUAUUUAAUGUAGAUUUAUAAUUGAUUGUAUUCAACACCAAUUUAUGGAACCAAAUAACUCUAUAAAUAAAUGUCAUUGUUCA